AAGACGAAGCUUCGCGUUAUUACGGUAGUUUGCUUUUUUACUUUUACAGGAUAAGCUUAUUGUUUCACAGCGGCAGCCCCUCCGAUCCGAAUGGUCAAAAGACGGUUCUCUGCCAGGCUCGGUGGGGGAGGAGGAGCUCUGAGUGAGUGUUUCGUAACCAGCCGGUGGUGGUGUGUCUCCUUCCUUCUCAGAAGAUCAGAAAUGGCAACGAUCAGGACUCUCAGGAAACUGUGCCAGCACGUCCAGCAUCAAGUCUGUAGCCUGCACACGUCCGCCUCCAGGGCAGAGGCGGUGGUCAUCUCAGGGAGGAAGCUGGCUCGUCAGAUCCGGGAAGAAACCCGGGCCGAUGUGGAUCAGUGGGUCUUAGCCGGCAACAGGAGACCCCACCUGAGUGUCAUUCUGGUUGGAGACAACCCAGCCAGUCACUCCUACGUUCUCAACAAGACUCGGGCUGCAGCCGACGUCGGAAUCUCAAGUGAGACAAUUCUCAAACACUCAGAGAUCAGCGAGGAGGAGUUACUGGAUCUAAUCUAUAAACUCAACACAGACCCUGGUGUGGACGGCCUGCUGGUCCAGCUGCCUCUGCCAGAGCACAUUGACGAGCGCACGAUCUGCAAUGCAGUGGCUCCUAACAAGGAUGUGGACGGCUUCCACGUAGUCAACGUUGGCCGAAUGUGCCUGGAUCAGUCCACCAUGCUCCCUGCCACUCCCUGGGGAGUCUGGGAAAUUAUCAAACGCACAGGUAUUCCUACCUUUGGGAAGAAUGUUGUAGUUGCCGGACGCUCCAAGAAUGUGGGCAUGCCCAUUGCCAUGUUACUGCACACAGACGGGCAACAUGAGAGGCCUGGAGGCGAUGCCACAGUCACUAUUUCUCACCGUUACACUCCAAAGGAACAGCUUUGCCAGCACACUAAAAUAGCUGACAUUGUUGUGGCUGCUGCAGGAAUUCCCAACCUGAUCACAGCGGACAUGAUCAAAGAGGGAGCUGCUGUGAUCGACGUUGGAAUAAACAGAGUGCAGGACCCUGUCACUGGAAAGAGCAGGCUGGUUGGAGAUGUGGAUUUUGAAGCUGUGAAGAAGAAGGCUGGGUUCGUCACCCCUGUUCCAGGAGGCGUCGGACCCAUGACCGUGGCCAUGCUCAUGAAGAACACCGUCAAAGCUGCUAAAAGUGUCCUGCUGUUUCCCCCAGAGAGGAUCCGUGUGGCUGCCGCAUCCUAAUGGAGCCACACGGUAAACCUGAGCAACAUGGACACAUUCCUCCCAGCACCACCCUCUUGAUUUCUUACUUGGAGCGGCGCAGUGAGCUCUACGUUGCACACAGACUGGAAAGAUGAUCGCUCAGAGGCUUUUCUUUCUACGUGUCAAGUCCAACCAUUUGCAGCCUGUUACACUAACUCAUGCAGCUGCAUGUGCUUUGUAACAGUAUUUAUAAUUUUUAAAUGUACGUCUUUGAUGGUUUUAAAGAGAUGUUUCUAUUUAUUGCUACAGAGACAAUAUUUUACACAUGAAUGCAGACUCGUGGCAGUGUGUGACUCUAAGCAGGUGAGCAGUGAAGCAGAGUUUUAGUUUAGCCUCACGCAAGUGUGUCAAGGGCUAUCAGGAACAAGAUUGUUAAAAUACGAGCUUUAAAGAUUCACUAUUGCCUUGCAAAAAAAAACUAUGGAAUAAAUGUUGCAUUUUUCUUCUCA